UCACACACACACACACACACACACACUCUCCGUGGUGCAGACUGGAUCAUCUCAAACUCUUCGGAGUCAGAAGAAGAUUCAUUUUUUCUUCCAACGCGGCGACUUCAGAGGUCUCACUCUGUCUGAGAUUUCAUUGCUGGAAAACAAAUACCAAAGAAAAGUGAGCAAGAAGAACCGGAGUUCAACGCCUGCGUCAGGAUGGAGGCGGAGGAGGACGGGAGGGGGCGUGUCCGGGAGCUGCAGGAGCAGCGGAUGACGGUCCAGAAGAAAACGUUCACCAAGUGGAUGAACAGUGUUUUCUCCAAGAACAAGGAGAACGUGGAGCUGACGGACGUCUACACGGAGCUAAAGACCGGAGUCGCUCUCAUCCGCCUCCUGGAGCUGAUCUCCAGGGAGACGCUGCCGCCGCCCAGUCGACGGACUCUCAGGGUCCACUGUCUGGAGAACAACAGCAUCGCCAUCGGCUUCCUGAAGACCAAGAUCCGUGUGGACCUGAUUGGUCCAGAGAACGUGGUGGACGGGGACCGGACACUGAUCCUGGGUCUGCUGUGGAUCAUCAUCCUGCGGUUCCAGAUCGGACCCAUUAACCUGGACAAGGCGGACGGAGGCAGUGUCGCUCACCGCUCGGCGAAGGAGGCUCUGCUGAUCUGGUGUCAGAGGAAGACGUCGGGCUACGGCGGCGUCGACGUGCACGACUUCUCCUCCAGCUGGAGGGACGGCCUCGCCUUCAACGCCCUAAUCCACGCCCACCGGCCCGACCUUUUCGACUACCGCCGCCUCCAUGGCGACAACCCUCGCCGUAACCUGGAGCACGCCUUCUCCGUGGCGGAGCGAGAGUUCAGCAUCAUGCAGCUGCUGGAGGUGGACGACAUGGUCGUCCCUCAUCCGGACGAGAAGUCCAUCAUGACCUACGUGUCCCUGUACUACCACUACUUCUCCAAGAUGAAGCAGGGACAGACGGUCCAGAAGAGACUCGCCAAGAUCGUCGGGAUGCUGAUGGAGCUGGACGACAUGAAGGUCCGGUACGAGAGGAUGGUCUCAGAUCUGCUGCACUGGAUCAAAGCCAAGGUGGUUGAGCUGAACGACAGACGCUUCCCGAACUCUCUGAGGGAGAUGCAGACGCUGGUGUCGUCAUUCAAGACCUACAGAACCGUGGAGAAACCUCCUAAGUACCAGGAGCGCGGGACGAUUGAGGCACAUCUGUUCAGUCUGAAGACACAACUGGCCGCCAACAACCAGCGGGCCUUCAACCCUCCAGAGGGUAAAACCCUGAGUGACAUAGAGAAGAGUUGGGCUUUGCUGGAGAGAGCUGAACAUGAGCGAGAACGAGCCCUGCAGGGGGCGCUGCUGCGUCUGCAGAGCCUGGAGCAGCUUGCCCAGAAGUUUGGGAGGAAGGCGGCUCUGAGGGAGGGCUACCUGGAGGACACGCUGCGUCUCAUCCGGAGGCAGGACGUCCGAGGCCCGUCCACCCUGGAGGAGGCACAGGCGGCCGGCCGGCGCCUGGAGGCGCUCGCCACUGACGCUCUGGCCAGAGAGCCGCGCUUCGGCGCCCUGAGAGACAUGGCCGAGAGCAUCGAGAGAGGAAACUACCACAGCAAGGAGCAGAUCAUCGGGAGGGAGGACAGCAUCCGUUGCAGGUGGACGGACCUGCUGCAGCAGCUGCAGGAGCACAGGGGGCUGCUGGGAAAUGUAAUCAAAGCUCUCGGUGUCCUUCGAGACAUCGAGCUCGUCUCCCAGGAGCUGAAAGAACUCCAGUCCCAGGCCGGCUCCUCUGACCUGGGGAAGCAGCUGGCGGAGGUGGAGUCUCUCCUCCAAAAGCAGGAUCUCCUGGAGGCACAGAUCUCCGCUCACGGUGAAACCAUCGCCUCCAUCAGCGGCGCGGCUCUGAAGGGAAAAGUGAGCGACGGUCAGCAGAUUCAGAGCAGAGUGAGAGCUCUCGACACGCAGUACAAAUCUCUGUUGUCGCUCAGCAGCAGCAGGCGGAGACAGCUGGAGGCUCAGUUCAGGUUGUUUGAGUUCUUCCAUGACAGCGAGGAGCUGGAGGCGUGGCUGUACGAACGCUGGUUAAGGCUGCAGACGUCCGGACUCGGUCGAGACCUCAACCACAUCGAGUUGGCUCAACACAAACACAAGGCGCUAGAGGCAGAGAUCCAGGCUCAGGAGUCCGUGUACCGGGGAGUUCUGGGUCGAGGUCAGGAUCAGCUGUCCAAACAGAGCCAGGUCGAGCUGCGAGCCGUCCAGAAGUGGAUCAGGACAUUGAAGAGGCAGUGGAGCCGCCUGACCGACGAGGUGACGGGCCGCCGCGACAGACUGCGGGCGGCCGCCGCCAUCAAACAGUACUUUGCAGACGUGGCAGAGGCCAACUCGUGGUUGGGCGACAGGAAACCGCUACUGACCAGCGAGGACCGAGGGAAGGACGAGUCGAGCACGGCUGUGCUGCUGCAGCGCCACCUGCGGCUGGAGAAGGAGAUGGCGGCCUACGCCUCCGAGAUGAAGAGGAUGUCGGAGCAGGCGAGGAGCGCGGCUCAGCUGACGGAUCUGACGGCGGAGCCUCAGCAGAGUAAAAUGAUCCAAUACAGCGACUCAUCUGGAGAGGAGGAGGAGCCAGGAGCCGCCACAACAUCACCAAGCCCAAAGGGUGGGAGGGGCUCAGUGGGCCACGCCCCUCCGCAUGAGGAGAACAAGGCCAAGGUCUGCUUCAGAUACAGCAGAGGUCAGUUUCCGUGGGAUCGUAACGAGAUCGUAACUGUCGUCAGCGACGAGCCGGACGGAGACCAAGUUCUGGACGGAGACCGAGUUCUGGCCAGAGACGGUCGAGGAAACCAGCAGCUCAUCCCCAAAACCUUCCUGACCCUGCUCCCGCCCACUGCUCUGACCAACCCGCCGGCCGACUCCACCAACGGCGCGCCAGAGAGCCAGAGCAGGAAGCUGAGUCGUCGCAGGCGAAGCCGCUCGAUGCGUCGCAGCACGAGCGAGAUCCAAACAACGUGGCUGCCGGACCCACAGUACGAGAGAGACACUGUGGAGAGCACGCAGACCGGACUGGACCAGGACUACAACUCCCUGUACAACCUGGUCACGUCGAAGACGAAGAUUCUACAGGAGACGCUGCGUCUGCAUCGAUUCUACAACAGCUGCCAGGAGUUUGAGUCGUGGAUGGAGGACAAGGAAAACGUACUGAGCACCUUCAGCACCGAUGCCGACAACCUGGGAGUCGUGCAGGCCAAGUAUGAGAACUUCCUGACCGAGUUGGUGAGUGGGCGAGGCCAGCUGGAUGACAUCAUCAGAAUGGCGGAGGAGCUGGUGAAGAGUGGACACAGUAAACAGAGAGAGAUCCAGGCCCGACAGAGGACGGUUUCCAACAGGUGGGAUCGGGUUCAGCGGCUGAAGGACGAGAAGGGCCACGAGCUGCUGAGCACGGCCGACGUGCAGUCGUUCCUGCAGAGCUGCGACGAGGCCAAGGCUCAGCUGCAGGCUCAGCUGUCCCAGCUGGAGGCCGCGGACGUGGGCUGCAGCUCCUCCUUCACGCUGCUCUCCGAGGAGAAGAACCAGGCCCAGGCCCUGAGGGAGGUCCAGACCCUGGAGGCCAAGAUCUCCUACCUGAAGAGCGUCGCCAAGAUGAAGCAGGACUGCAAUCCAGCAGAGAGUGCAGCCAUCAUGGAGGAGGUCCGAGGUCUGGAGGCUCUGCUGAAACAGGUGAAGCUUCGAGCAGCGGAGCGACAGCGCCUCCUGGAGGAGGCGCGCCGGCUGCAGAGCUUCCAGCAGCAGGCCAGAGAGCUGCAGCGCUGGGCGGCCUCAGCACGGGAGCGUCUUCUGCAGGAGGAGGCAGCCGCCGACGUGGCCUCGGCCGUCGCUCUGCUGGAGCAGCACCAGGAGCUGCGGACGGAGAUGGAGGAGCAGAGGAGCAGGUUGACGGAGACGAAGAAGUUGGGUGAAUCUCUCCAGCAGAGCUCCUCGAAUAGGACGACGGGUAGCGCCGACAUCCAACAAACCCUGGACAGUCUCACUGCUGAUUGGUCCAAACUGGACAGGUUGUGGACCAGUGGGAAGCAGCGCUUGGAGCAGGGGGUGGAGCUCCAGAGGCUGAACCAGGAGGCAGACCGGAUUGAGGCGACGCUGUCCGGACAUGAAGCCCGACUGAGGGUCAAAGACGUCGGGGACUCGGUGGAGAGUGUCCACGGUCUGCUGGGGAGACAGGAGGAGCUGGAAGGUCUCCUGAAGGCUCUGGACCAACGGGUCGAUCAUUUCAGCGAGCGCAGCCUGGAGCUUGUCAACCAACAACACUAUGCUGCAAAACACAUCAAGGAGCGGAGCAGGAGCCUCCAGCGAGCCAACAGGAGGCUGAGGGACGGCAGCAGCCACAGGAGGAGUCUGCUGCUCGACUCCAAGAAAUACCAGGAGUUCCAGAGGGAUGCCGACGAGCUGCUGCUGUGGAUGGAGGAGAAGUUCAAGGUAGCCGAGGACGAGUCGUACCGAGACCCCACCAACGUCCUGCGGAAGCUGAAGAGACACGAGGCGGCUGAGAGGGAGAUGCAGGCCAACCAGGUCUGGCUGGACAAACUGGUUCAGCUGGGACAGGAGAUGCUCGCUGACGAGCACCACAACAGUCAGAGCAUCAGCAGGAAGACAACGCAGCUCAGCAGCCGGUGGAGGAGACUACAGGACAAGAUGGCCGACAGAGGAGACAAACUGAGACAGGCCGGACAGCAGGAGCAGCUGAUGGAGCUGCUGCAGGAUGCCAAACUGAAGAUCGAAGCCAUUCAGUGGAUGCUGAGUAACGCUGCCACAAGUCAUGACCUGCGCACCAGUCGACAGCUGCUGAAGGAGCAUCAGCAGCUGGAGCAGGAGGCCAAGGAGCUGGCGGAGAAGAUCAACUCCAUCGUCAGCAGGGCCAAACACCUCGCCACCAAACACUUUGACUCUCACAGGAUCCUCCAGGAGACAGACACUUACCUCACUCUUUUCAAAUCCCUCCAGAAGCCUCUGGACCGGCGUCGGGCUCAUUUGGAGGCGUCGGUGCUGCUGUUUGGCUUCUAUCAUGAUGUGGACCUGGAGCUCAGCUGGAUCUCUGAACACCUCCCCGCCCCCGGGUCCAUGGGGCACGACAAGUCUCUGUCUGGAGCCAUCAGCCUCAUGCAGAAACACAGGGAGUUGCAGGCUGAAGUGAACGCCCACUGGAAGCACCUGAGCCACGUCCUGGAGAAGGGGCGGGGUUUGGCUAAAACCAGCAAAUCAGACGAAGAGGAGGUGCUCCAGAGGUGCAGCCACCUGAGUGCGGAGUGGGAGGAGCUUGAGGAGGCGUGCAACAGGCGAGCAGCCCACCUGAGCAAGGCCGUCACCAGAGAACAGCUGCUGUUGGACUGCUCGGAGCUGGAGUCCAGACUCAGUGAGACGAUCAGUCUGGUGAACACUGAUGACUGUGGCAAAGACCAACUGGCUACACAGAGUCUCCUCACUAAACACCAGGUGCUGGAGGGUCAGCUGAAGGUGCUGGAGGUGGAGGUGGAGGCGCUGGGGGACCAGGUGGAGCAGGCGGUUCAGAACUGGAGUGUGGAGGAGCUCAGCAGACCCUUCAGCCACCUGAGCAGCCUGAACCAGCAGCUGCAGCACCAGGCGGCUCUCAGGGGUCAGAGGUUAAAGGAGGUCCUCCUCGUCCACGAGUUCAGGCGAGAGUCGUCAGAGCUGGAGGACUGGAUGAACCAGCAGAGGCAGACGGCCGAGUCUCAGGACCUGGGCAAUGACUACCAACACGUUCAGCUUCUCCGUGGGAAGUUCGAAGGUUUCCUUAAGCAGCUUGAGGUCGGAGAGGAGCGACUGCAGAGCUGUGGCGACGCGGCCACCCGCCUUCUCCGCAGCAAACAUCCGCAGAGCGCUGCGGUCAGAGCGGCGCUGCAGGAACUCAGUGCAUGCUGGGAGGAUUUGAAGGGCAUGGCCAGUGAGCGUCAGGAUCAGCUGCUGACAGCUGAGGAAUGUCAUCGAUGUCACCAGGAGCUGACGGAUGCACUGAUGCUCAUCCAGGAGCGACAGAAGAGCAUCCCCGAUGACGUGGCGAAGGAUUUGCGAGGAGUGAUGUCACAGCUGAGGAAACACGAGGCUCUGCUCCACGAGCUCGCCGCCACCGAGCAACAGUUGCAGGAGCAGCUUGACGCCGUCGACCACAUCCUGGACCUGUGCACACCUCAGUUGAAGCUCCGCCUACAGGAUGUGCAGCAUAACGUGGUGGAGCGAUGGGAGGGGCUACGACUUCACACUGAGCAGAGGGAGGAGGAACUUAAAUGGGCGUGUCAGCGACAUCUGUUCUUCAACACGGCGCAGGACUACCUGCUGUGGUGCGGCCAGCUGAUCGGCGCCAUGGCCGCCGAGGAGAGCAUCAGCGACCUGGCCACCGCCGACCUCCAGCUCGCGCAGCACCAGCAGCUGUGGGCGGAGAUGGAGGCCCGACAGGAGACGUACCAGCAGGCUGUGGACAUGGGCAAGGAGCUGCAGACAAGAGACCAGAGCGACAGGACGGAGGUGCUAGAGAAGCUCGGUGCUCUGCAGGCGGAGCGACACAAGCUGGAGGAUCAGUGGAACCAGAAGCAGAGCUGGUUAGAAACCGUCCACCUAGAGCAGCUGUUCUACAGAGACGUCAGCGGCGUGGAUAAGACGUCCAGCGCACAGGAGGUCCUGUUGAAGAAUGGCACUCUAGGAAAUUCUGUGGACGAAACGGAGGGUUUGAUCAAACGUCACGAAGCCUUUGAGAAGCUGCUCGGCUCUCAGGACGACAAGCUGCUCUCGCUGAAGGAGUCGUGCGACCGUCUGCAGGAGCAGCUGAGCAGAAAGAAGAGUGGGCGGGUCCAGAACAGACUCAGAGCCCUCCUCCAGAGACGGGACAGGAUCAAGGAGCUGUCCGUCAAACGCAGGCAGGAGCUGGAGCUCUCCUGGACGAUGUGUGUCUUCAGCCGAGACGUAGCUGAGGCCGAGGAGUGGGUGUCGGAGCGGCUGCACAAGAUGGCGGAGGACGGGAAAGCCGACCUGAGCGACCUGCGCACCAAGAUGAAGCUCCUCCAGAAGCAUCAGGUGUUUGAGGCCGAGAUCCUGGCUCACGGCGAAAUCAUCAGCUCGGUGCUGCAGGCUGGAGAGGAGCUCGUCUCCCUUCGUCGCCCGAGGGCCGAGCAGGUGAAGAGGAGCGCCGGCGCCCUGCGGCUCCACUGGGAGGAGCUGAAGAAGGCCGUGGCCGCCCGAGGGAAAGCUCUGGAAGACAAGAGGGACUUCCUGGAGUUCCUGCAGAAGGUGGAAGAGGUGGAGGCCUGGAUCAGACAGAAGGAGGUAAUGGUUAACGUUGGAGACGUGGGGAAGGACUACGAGCACGGAGUGCAGCUGCUCAAGAGACUCGGCGAGUUCAGGGGAGGCGGAGACGGGGAAGCGACGGUGGACGAUGCCCACGUCACCGCCAUCGACAGACUGGCAGCCAGACUGGUGCGGAGGCAGAGCGCCGACGAGCUGGCGACCGUCCGACAGCGGAGACAGCGACUCAACGACAGGUGGAGCAAGUUUCACGGGGAUCUCGCCGCCUACAAGAGGAAGCUGGAGGCGGCGCUGGUUAUCCACGCCCUCGUUAGGGAGCUGGAGGAGGUCCGAGACCGGGCCAACGAGAAGAUGCUGCUGCUGCAGGGUCAGGGCUGUGGGUCGGACGUGGAGAGCGUAGAGAACCUGAUCAGACGCCACGAGGAGACAGAGCGAGAGGCCGGGGUCAUCCAGGAGAGGUCAAAGGCUCUGGAGGAGGAGGCGGCGUCACGUGACCUGAAGGCUCCUUCAGCGAUGAGCGACAAGCUGAGGAACAAACAGACGGAGGCCCAGGAAGCUCUGAGGUCUCUGGACAAGGAGGUGAAACACCGGAAGGAGCAGCUGCAGGAGGCUCACCAGCUGCAGUUGUUCAAAGCGAACCAGCGCCUCCUGCUGGACUGGAGCGUCAAGCAGAGCAAGGAGAUGUCGGAGAAAGUUCUCCCCAAGACCCGGGCCGAGGCCGAGCGGCUCAUCCUGGAGCACCAGGACUGGAAGACGGAGAUCACAGCCCGGGCCGAGCGCAUCGACUCAGUGCGAGACUUCGGUCUGGGUCUGAUCAGGUCCGGUCACAGGUCGAAGGCGGAGAUCCAGACGGCUCUGAAGCAGCUAGAGGUGGCCAAGGCCGGACUGGACAGAGCCUGGGUGGAGCGCAGCAGGACGCUGGAGCAGGCCCGGACCCUGCAGGUGUUCUUCACCUCCGUGGAGCAGUGUGAGAGUUGGCUCAGCAACAAGGAGGCCUUCCUGUCCAAUCAGGACCAGGGGAGCUCUGUGACGGAGGUGGAGACUCUGCAGAGGAAACACUCUCAGUUUGAAGAGUCAGUGCAGGCUCAGCUGGACCAACUGGACCAGGUGGAGCAACUGGGCCAGAACAUGAUCCAACAGAACCACUACGAGUCGGACAGCAUCCGGGCCAAGAGCAGAGCUCUCGCUGUCAGGCGGACUCAGUUGCAGCAGCAGAGCAGAUCUCGUCACAAAGCUCUGGACCAAUCGCUGCAGCUGCAGAUGUUUUUAUCCAGCAGCUACCAGGCGUGUGUGUGGCUGAACGAGCGUAACGCCGUUGCUUUGGAUGAGAGCUGGAGGGAACUAACCAACCUUCAGGCCAAACUCCUGAAGCAUCAGAGCUUCGAGGCCGAGAUCCUCGGGAACCGCUACAGAGUUGACACACUCGCCAAGGACGGAGAGAAGCUGCUGUCGGAGUCCGUCUCCUCCGAGGCGAAGGUCGGACCUCGACUCAAAGAGCUGACGGACGCCUGGGACGCUCUGAUCCACAACUGUGGGGAGAAGAAGACCAGACUGCAGGAGGCCUACCAGGCGCUGCAGUUCCAGCGUUCCCUGGACGACGUGGAUCAGUGUGUGUCCUCUGUGGAGAGGGAACUGACCAAUGAGGACUGUGGCAGCGACCUGCCGUCCGUCAGUCGGCUGCUGAAGCUGCUGCAGGCGCUGGAGGACGAGGUGGACGCACUGAGAGACAGAAUCCAGAGCCUGGUGGAGACGGCGAAGACGUUGCAGUCUCAGGGAAACUUCCUGGCCGAGGAGAUCCAGACCCGAGUGUCUCACACCAUCAACAGGUAUCACGGUCUGUCGGAGCCCCUGCAGAGUCGCGGGGAAACCCUGGAGGCCUGGCAGGUUCUGUUCCAGUUCUACAGAGACGUGGAGGAGGAGGUGGCCUGGCUCAGUGACAGACUGCCCAGCGUCACGGCCCCGGACCUGGGCAGCUCCCAGAACGGCAGCCGGCAGCUGCUCCACCGACACCAGGCUGUGAUGCAGGAGAUCUCUAGCCGCGGCCCAUUGGUACAGGCAGUUCAGGAGGCGGGACAUAGUUUGGUCAGAGGUCGUCACUUUGCGUCUCACGACAUCCGCGAGCGUCUGGAGGAGCUGAGGCGUCUCCACGACGAGCUGACGACGGAGGUGGAGAGGAAGAGGAAACUCCUGCAAGAGGCGCUGAGCAUCUACACCUUCCUCUCCGAGGUGUCGGAGCUGGAGCUGUGGUUGGACGAGCAGUUGGCUGGUCUGGAGUCUAUGGACUGUGGGCGGAGCCAGGAGGCGACGGAGGCUCAGCUGAGGAGGCUGGACUCUGUGGACGUGGAGCUGGAGAACCAGCGGAGGACGGUGGAGAGGCUGCGGGAGAGCGGAGGGUCGCUGCAGCACCUGGGACAUCCCAACAGCCGCCUGGUGGCUGAUGCCCUCCCACCGAUGCUUGAGUGUUUUGAGAGUGUCAUCAGACUCUCCGCCUCUCGCCGCGCCGCGCUGGAAGAUCGGCUCCGUCUCUACGUGUUUGAGCGAGAGGCCACAGAACUACAAACAUGGCUGACCUCCAAGAAGACCUCGGCAGAGUCCGAGGACUGUGGGCAAGAUCUGGAAGACGUGGAGGUUCUUCAGAAGAAGCUGGAGGUUCUGGUGUCGGAGGUGUCCGGUCUGUGUCGGAGCAGGCUGAUGUCAGUGCAGCAGCUCGGCCGGGGGCUGCAGCGGGACGGUCCGGCCCGGCGGAUGGACGACUCUCUCAGCAGACUGUGGGACGAGCUCAGCAGCAGCAUCAGGAACAGAGAACAGAGUCUUCAGUCGGCGAGGGAGGUUCAUCAGUUCAAUCACGACGUGGACGAGCUGAAGGGCUGGAUGGCCGAGAAGGAGGCCGUGCUGGACUCGGACGAGCAGGACCACGACCUGCAGUCCGUCCAAACUCUUCUCCGACAACACAAGGCUCUCGAGAGGGACCUGGUGCUGAUCUCUGAGGAAGUGACCAGGAGCCAAGAGGAGGGCGGAGCUCUGAGCAGACGACAGCCUCAGUCCAGACUCUCUGUGGCCCAGCGGCUGCAGGACCUGGACGCCUGCUGGACACGCCUCCAGGACAAAGCGUCCCAGCGCCGCCGCCGACUGGGCCAGGCUCAAGACGUUCAGAGAUACUUGUCUCACUGGACCGAACUCAUAACAUGGCUGAAGGAGAUUCACUCUCUGAUGCGAGGCGAGGCGCAGAGCGUGGAGGGCGCCGACCUGGAGCAGCUCAUCAAGAAGCACAACGAGUACCGCGUCCAGAUGGGCCGGCAGCUCGGCAAAUCACAGGCUGCGAAGGACGAGGGGAGGCGACUGAUGGAGGAUGGAAACCUCAUGUCCCAAGAGGUGGAGCAGCGUGUCCUCGAGCUGGAGGAGCUGGAGUCGCAGGUGGAGCAGCUGUGGGAGGAGACCAGGCUGCUGUACGAGGAGCAGCUGGAGAUCUCGCUCCUGCAGAGGGAGCUGGAGCAGGCGGAGCACUGGCUGAGCUCCUACGAGAACACUCUGACGGCCGAGGACUACGGGGACUCUGUGUCUGAUGUGAUGGAGCUGCUGAAGAGGCAGGAGGACCUGGAGGCCAUGAUCCAGGCCCAGAGCGAGCGCUUCAUCGCACUGCAGGAGAAGAAGACACAGAGGGAGAAGAGACUUCAUGGAAAAGAGGACAAGGACGUUCAGGACAGGAAACCUCCAGCCAGAGUCUCCUCCCUGAGGAGCAAACCGUCAGAGACCCAGAGCGGCUUCUCCUCCAGAGACAUCGUCCACAGGGUGAGUGGCGGGAGGAAGACAGACAGAACCAGACCGUCCACACCAGACGACCCCUCUGCUUCUCCCCCUCCGAGCCUGCGUCCUGAACCAGAUCCCAGGAGACGAAUCAGUGCUCCAGAAGAAUCCGCCAACGGUCCUGCCGCUCGUCCCACAUCCGGCCCGACUGUCGAGACCUGGAGACGUCGAUCCAGACACACUAAUCCUGACUCCCCCUCCUCCCCCUCCCUUCAGACCUCCGUCUCACCUGAGGACGACCGUCCUCCCAGAUCCAAACCUCCUCUGACUCCAAAGACGAGCCUCUUCUCCACUGAGCGGAAGUUUGGACACCGCUCGGAGCCCGUGAACCAAUCGGAGAAGGCUACCACACCACCUGACUCCCCUCCACCAGUCAGACGGCUCGUCGCUCCUAGUAAACCUCGACCGGUCGCAGAGAGACCAACUCCUACUGAACGACCCGAGCCUCCUGACUCUCCAGCUCCACCUACUCGUACACAGGUGACAUCGCCUGACUCCACGACUGCUGGACCAAUCGCGACAGAGGGUGUGGCUCCACCUGACCUCGCUCCACCAACCAGGGACUCGCCUCCGUCUCCUCCACAGCGACGACAACUAUUAGAAGAUUUACCAGAUGAGCCGCACACAGCCGAGGGGAUGGCAGUGCAGCCAAUCAAAAUGCAAGGGGCACUGGAGAUCAAGCUGAAACAAACAGGAAACAAGGGUCUGGAUCACUGGGAGGAAGUGUUCGCUGUUCUGGAGGGAGAGACGCUCGGCCUGUUCAAAGAUCCAGCAGCUGCUGCACAGAGAACCUCUAGGUGGCCUCCUAUCGACGUGUCUGGAGCCGUUUGUAAGGAGAACCGGUUCUACAGGAGGAAGGAGAACACGUUCAGAGUGACACUGGACGACGGGUCUCAGUACCUGUUCGCUGCGUCCAGCCGAGAGCUGCAGCUGCUGUGGGUGACAAGGAUCCAGAACCGACCCGAGUCUGACGGAAGCGACUCUGACGACUCGGGGCGAGCGUCGUCCGUCAACCUGAGUCUGGAGAAGUUGACCGAGGCUGCGGACAGGAGAGCUGAGAGCCUGGAGAGACAGUUGUCCACGGAGGGGCCGCCUCCUCCCAAACCCCCCCACACCUACUACAACAAACACCGCUACCCUGCUGGAGGGGAGGUCCGGGCCCCGGGUUUCCAGAGCCGCAAAGACCAGCCCCCCUCAGGACCUCCUCCUGCCCCCCCUGACGCCCAGGACCCCCCCAAUGUGACGCCCCAGGUAACAGACGACCACAUGAACAAAGACAAGGCGAGAAGGAGCGUCUUCAGGAAGUUCUUCUCCAAGAAAUAAGAGUUGAUUGACGUCUGGCGUCAUCCAGGAGGAUCCAGACGCUGCAGGUGAAACAGCCUCCGGAGGCUUUUAGCUCAGAAUGAGGAGGUGACGUCAUAGUUUCACCUACAUUUUAAUUUAAAGUGCUUUUAUUCUCACAAAGUGCUUCAAACAGACAAACACAUCAGAACUGAAAUAAGAAAAGCAGGUUUAACUGAGUCUGUUAAUAAACGUUAAUAAACCAGCGACAGUCGGACGUGACGCUCUUCUCUGAUUUGAAACCGUCUGACGCGACUUCAUCUGAAGAGUUUCGUCGUCUCCACAGUGAAAAGUGACACUUACAUUAAAUCAUUAACAGAAAAAUCAAUUCAAACAAAUUUUCCACAUUUAUGAUCAGAAAAGUUUUUUUUAAAGAAGCGACGCAUGUCGUGUUAGUGAUGUUUUAAAGAAGAUGAACUUUGGUUAAUGAUUCAAUGUUUACUUUAUUUAAUGAACUCCUUUUAUUUAAACUCCUUUUAAAACAUCUCCAGACUCGUCUCAUUCAGUCGCAUCAAUAAGUGACUCAUUAACAUUAAGUCAGAAUCAGAGUUCAUACACUGAGACACUUUGACAAAUUAAAGUCGAUUGAAGAGUCGUUCAGACAAACUGUUUCCAUUUUAUGAAUCAUAAACAUCUUAAAUAUCUGAUCAUCAUUCAUCUGCUGCUGUUUAGUGUCAGUUAUAUAUUUAUAUUGAUCACUAAGAAGUUUUUGUUUUGCUUUUACCGUUUAGCAGAUUCAGGGCAAUUAUUGUCAAACCACAGAAAUUAAUAAACUCGUUCAUUCGACUGAAUUUCACUGAAUGUUUUAAUAAAAUAUUUCCAUCCUCAAA